CGGGGCAUUCUCACCAUGGCGCAGGCGCAGAGACACCGAGAGCUCUGCCUCCGUAGAUCAUUUCCUUAGGUUUAUUUAAUCCUGAAACUCUUGUCUGGAGGUUUUUGUUGUUAAGAACAGAAAAAAUGGAGCUUAGAGAAAGAAGCAGCUGCUUGACCGAGCCGAGGAGCAGGAGUUAAAGCGUUAAAGAGCUUGUUUUCUAGGUUUACUCUAUAAACAGAGAGAGAGAGAGAGAGAUGGAGCAGAGUGUAACACAUUUACACUCAUAUUCUUCACAUUUACUCGCUUAAUCCGGAAUAUUUUGUGUUAAUCCUGUAUCUGAGUGUUAUAAUUAAUCCUGGGGGAAAAUGCUGACUGGAUCUAAAACGACCUUUAAAGUGAGGCAGAUGCCCGACCUGAAGGACAGGAUCAUGAACCCGAGCGCUCACCAGGCCCGAGGCAGAGACAUGUUCGGUCUGUGCUGUUUACCAGGGGAGUGUGUGCUGCAGAGGGCCAUCCUGGUGAGGAAGAAGCUCUCGCCUAAAGAAGGAGGAGGUUGGCUGUCGGGCACUCUGUUCUGCACCCAUUUCCGAGUGGCGUUCGUGCCUGAGGAUGGCCCGAGACCAGACGAUAAUGCCGAUCCUGUGCUGCUCGGGGACCACGACGUCGCUCUGGCCUCCAUCGAGAAGGUCGUGGCAGUGGGGCCGUCUCGAACCAAACUGGUGACGCCGAACUCCUCGCUGAAGUUCACUCCCGAGGAACUGGUGCUGUACUGCAGAGACCUGCGCGUCCUCUGCUUCCUGUUCGACCGACUCACUCCUGACGCCCAGGCUGUGGAGAUCACGUACACCAUCGCCAAGACGUACCAGCCGCUCAAACCAGGGACCAUCCUGUCCUUCCAGAACGCAGCCUUGGGAAGUAUCGAAAUGAAGCAGUUCCUGAGCAACCGGAGGCGUGACCCGAGCAUGAACUGGUUCGAGAGCGCAGCGGACUGGGAGCAGGAACUGGAAAGGACCGGAGCCACCGGCUGGAGGAUCAGCGCCGUCAACGACCGCUUCGAAAUGUCCACCAGUCUGUCCAGGUUUAACGUGGUUCCUCAGAAGGUCCUGGACACCGAGCUGAAGAAAACAUUUGCGCAUUUUAACGAGGGCCGGAUCCCGCGCUGGUGUUGGCGGCAUCCACGCGGCAGCGACCUGCUCCGCAUGGCCAGCUUUCAGAACAACAUCUAUCACGAGAAAGACGACAUCCGGAACCUGGAGCUGAUCCUGUUCGGUGGCCAGACGCAGUGUGUGGUGAUGGAUCUGAGCGACGAAAUGCCUCCGGCCGCAGACGUGCAGCUCGCACACACACGGCUCCGCUCCCUGUGCCUCGGAGAUAUUUCGUCCUCCAUGUCCGUGCCGGAUGAUAAGUGGCUUUCCACUCUGGAGGGAACUCACUGGCUGGAUUACACCAGAUGCUGCCUGAGAAAAGCCGCAGAAGUGACCUGCUUGCUCCAGAGAGGUCAAUUAACCGUCGUUCUACAAGAGCCAGAGGACCGGGACAUGAACUGCGUGGUGUCCAGUCUGGUGCAGGUGAUGUGUGACCCGCACUGCCGUACCAUUGCAGGCUUCCAGAGCCUGGUGCAGAAGGAGUGGGUCAUGGCGGGACACCGGUUCCUCAGCCGCAUCAACUACCACCGGGACAGCGACAAAGAGGAGGCUCCGAUCUUCCUGCUCUUCCUGGACUGUGUGUGGCAGCUGUGGGCUCAGUUUCCGGCCCGUUUCCAGCUGACUGAGUCCUACCUGCUGGCCCUUCAUGACAGCCUGCAGCUGCCUCUGUUCAACACCUUCCUGGCCAAUUGUCAGCGAGAGCGAUGUCGCCGAUCACAGCACUUGUCACCGAGCUACACUCCAGUAAACGGGCUAAGAGAGUUACCCAGAGGCUCAGCCGAAGAGCCAGUGGACCCUCCCUACCCCUCUGUAUGGGACUGGGCCCUGCAGUAUAGCAGUAAGAGACGGGCCCUGUUCACCCAGCCUGUGUGCCGACCCGUUUCCCCUGCACCUGUCCUCAACGGCAACCUUAACACCAACCUGCAGCCAGAGUGGAGUGACAGCUCUGUCGGCUCAGUGUUCCUGCUCUCGCGUGGUGUCUUUUCUUGUCCUUCCAACCUGCUGCCGUGGAGAAGCGGAGGUUCUUACAAAAAGAGUCACACCAGGGCUCCAUCCUGCGAGGGCCUUCCUGCGCUGGAGCGACUUAUCAGAGCUGAACCGUUACCCUCCAGCCUCCACAAAGCCCACGGGCCUCUGCUGCCCCUGCUCCUGGGGCCCUGCGUGCACAUCUGGAAGAACUGCUACCUGAGAGGGGCGCUGCAUGCGCAGGCUUUCACGUACCCGAUGUCGUCUAACACGAGGCACCCGGUGGAACAGCUGGCGUGGGAGGUGGAGAACCUGCGAGAACGUUUGGCCCAGGCCUCCACGGGCCGUCCUCAGAACCGCAAGAGACAGGAACACCGCCGCCUCGGCUCCAACCUCAAUCAGAACACCAACAACGGCACAUUCCUUUUUUCCUCUUCCUCCUCUUCUUCUUCCUCUUCCUCCUCCUCCUCCUCUUCCUCAUCUUCCUCCUCAUCCAGGAGCUCUCAUCAGGAGAGCCCGGGCCGCGUUUCGGGACGUUCCGGCUGCAGCGACGGACCCAAACACACGUUCCUGUUCGGUCGGUCCACUUCGAGUUCUAGUGCCAAACUGCCCAAGAGUAGCGGCUCACUGGGGCACAAGCCUCGCUGAGCUUUAGAGUUAACACAUGCACGUGGGAUUAAGGACCAAAUGUUAGAAAUAUUCGCUCUGUUUCACUGACUACAAAGCACUUUCCUUUCCAUAAUCAGCACACAUCUCAGCCAUGGGGUAAAAACUCAAAAGCACAGCAUUCCUUUAUCCUAAGUGUUUCAAACAACGUUACUUAUAUUUGUAUAGUACUUAUUAGUGUGUACUACUACUAGUAGUAGUACGUAGCAUACAGUGCCUUGCAUAAGUAUUAAAUCCCUGGUCAACUUUUCCACAUUGUUUUUUUGUGUUCAGACACAAACCAGAAAUAGACUCUAGUUUGAAGCAUGGUGGUGUUAGCAUCAUGUUUAAAAAUAACCCUUGGCCUCUUGGGUUUGUUCCAAAUCCCUUUUUACUUUUGGUGAACAGCCUUUUCUAGGAUGAGUGGUAUCAAGGUCGUGCCAUAUUUUUUCUUUAUAUAUAAAAAAAAAUAGUAAUAAUUACUAACGUCCAAAAUGUGCGAUCAUCUUAUAACUAAACCCUGAUUCAUAGUUUUCCAUAACGUUUUCUUAGAUUACUCUUUGGUCUUUAUGGCGCUGCUAGUUUGGGUAUCUUUAUAUUUAUAAUCAGACCAUGUGACGCUUUAAUUGCACAUUUCACAAGAAAGUGUUCUACAUAGCAAUUAUGGGCCAUGAAGUAUAAAGUUAAAGGGGGUGAGAAUUUAUGCAAGGCACUGUAAUAGUAAUAUUGGAAGUGAUUACUGACGUAUUGCAAUAUUUCAAGCACAUUUACACUCACGAAUGCACAAUAGGAUGUAAAAGGGUCCAAAUGGAGACACGCAGGAUUUAAUCCUAAUUCCUCAUGACUGUUGUGUUUAUUGUGUUGAUUGUCUGAUUGGGUAAACAAACCCUUCCAACAAAAAAUAAUUGUGUAGUUCAUGCCAAAUAGCUAUUUCCAAUCCUCCAAAAAAAAAAAGAUGAAAGAGGUUUUUUCCCCCUCAUCUUCAGUAGAUGGCAACAGUGUGUAUACAAGUCAUUGGUUUGGAUUAGGAUUAACAGGUGACAGAAGGAGGAGGAGUGUGUAUACAUGAGGUACAAUAUAUAAGGUGUGUAUGGUUUAUAUAUAUAUAUAUAUAUAUAUAUAUAUAUACUUGAGGUCCAGUAUUAAGUAUGAAGAAUUAAAACACAAGUUUUGGAUCAUUUAAAUUAUUUAUAACAUUCCCAUUAGACGUUUUACCAGUUAUGGUUUAACGAGAACGAGUCUUAUGAUCAUACCACGGCGAUGAGAUGGUGUGUACGGACAGUAAUAUUUAAUGGCUUGUUUAUUUUUGUCGUUUUUAUAUUUGUGUAUGUAUGUACGUAUGCAAUGAAUCUUCGGUACUUCUUUCAGGGUCAAGACCUACCAUGUUCCUCGUGUGUGUGCAGAGUACUUCAGGAGUCUGAGACCGAACAGAAAACAAACAAAUGUUUAAACAAACAAAAAGAUGAGUAUUGGGUGAUUUUUAGAAUGAUUUCUAGGUCACUAGUUAAGUUUGAUGAAAUGUAAGCUAUUAAUCAUGUGCAAAAGAUGAAACAUUUCUUAAACCUCGUUUACUGAGGAUGAAUUUAAUGCUACACAAAGCAAAAGGUGGAAGAACUAAACACUAAGAAAUUAGGAAAUCCUGUUUAUGUCUAAAGUUCACGGAAAUGAUCAAAUUAAAUAAAAUUAAUGCAUAAUGGAAGUAUUUUCACUGGCCCUCUCAGACUUCUGGAUCACACUGCAGCCUACAUUAAAGACGUACCUUUGUAUUGAUGAUGAUGAUGAUGGUUGUUUAAAAUGCUGUGUAUAUGUAAAAACCUGUCUCACAUCAGCCCUGUGUUAUGUUAAUUUGAGAGUUACACGUGUUGUAUUUGAACUCCAGAAGAAAAGGUACUCGGCAAACAAUGUAGAUCGAAUCUAAAAUACACAGCACCCUUGAACCAA